AGGCCAAUCCGAGAGAUUCCAGGCUAAUCCUGGUGGUUGGAAACCCCCAAUGUGACCGGUGGCCCACUAAAAUGGGGAAGGCUCAUUCAGGAACACAGCAAGCACAUCAAGGGAUUUCUCCCAGAAGUGAAGAAGGAACUGGGAGUGGGGUGCACAAUCUCCAAAGAAAGCCAACUCUUCUCGCCCAGUGGGGUUCGUCAGCAAUCUCAGAGGAGCUGAGUAGCAGGAAAUCAGCCCCAAUCCCGACAGACUGCAGUAAAACAAUGAUUUAGGGAACACUGGUGUUUCCUGCCAACCCAGAUAAGAAUGUAAAUGGAAACAGCACUGCUCCCAGUUUUUUUCCCGAAAUUAAGUGCACAGCCCGGAGUCACUCAUAACGGGAAGUCGAUGUUCUUGGGUUGACGUGGGACUGCCCAGUGGGAGGCGUGUCUGCUGAACAGGAGUGUCCUCCUGAUCCGUGAAACACCUCCCCAACCACUCAGAUUAACGUCCUUCCGGAUAGACAAGGGCAAGGUUACCUCACAUCGCCCCAAAAUGCUCUCUAUUGAAACGAAACGGACGUGCGGAUAAACCAAUGCAACCAGAAAGCCAGCGUUUUACCGGCGGAGAGUGGAGGUAAUAUUCCAACAGCCCGGUACCAUCAGCAGAUGCCUCGCCAAAUGUCACGUUUCUGCCCUGGAGGAGUUUCUGGGACUUAACUGUGAACGAAGAGGAGGGAUUAAAAAAAAACUAGUUUUCUUGAAAUCAAUUAAGAUGGCUAUGGAAAACGGUCAUAAUGUUAAAGCUGCCGGCGCGGGUGGGAAAGAACUGAAAAUUGUGAUAGUGGGAGACGGUGGCUGUGGGAAGACCUCGCUAUUGAUGGUAUUUGCCAAAGGAGACUUCCCAGAACAAUAUGCCCCGUCUGUGUUUGAGAAGUAUGUGAAAGAUAUCACGGUCAAAAACAAGAAGUUUACUUUGACUCUAUAUGAUACUGCAGGUCAAGAGGAUUAUGACAGGCUCCGCCCUCUCUCCUACCAAGAUACACACAUCUUCUUAAUCUGUUAUGAUGUCACAAACCCCACAAGUUUUGAGAAUGUCCGUAUUAAGUGGGUUCCAGAAGUCAGUCACUUUUGCAAGGGGGUGCCUAUAUUCCUGAUCGGUUGCAAAACAGACCUGCGAAUGGACAAAGAACGUUUGAGAAGAUUGAGAGCUGCCCAGCAAGAACCAAUCACAUAUAACGAGGGUGAAGAGACUGCUCGCCAGAUUAACGCAGUCAUGUACUUGGAAUGUUCAGCUAAAUUCCGUGAGAACAUAGAGGACAUCUUCAGAGAAGCUUCAAGUGCAGCUUUAAAUGCCAUCAAGAAGAAGAAAAACAAAAAGAGGAAGCAGAAACAGUGCUUGCUUCUUUGACAGUCAUUACCUACAGAGGUUAAUGGACAUCAGUGUGCCAGACUGGGCUGCAUAUACUGUAAUAUAAUUAGUCAUAGCUUUUAACAAAUUUAUUUGUAAUUGUGAUACAUUCUCACUGAAAACAUUUUAUGAUAAGGGGAUAUUUCUCACAUCCCUCGAAAGUUAUGUUGCCAUAUACCAAGAUAUUCCAGGCGAGAAAUGCAUUGCUAACACACAAUAAAUCGUCAGAUGCAAGAAGAGUAAAAGUCUUUAGUGAUCUGUAGAAUCAGGCAUUUCAUCCACAUUAAAAAAUAACUCCAUACAAAAAUUAAAAAAUUGUAAACACUGACCAUUUGAAUCAAAAAAGAUACAUAGACUAAUGGAAUCACAGCAUCUAUGUAGGGUGAAGCCAAGAGGGUGUUUUGAAAGGGUAUAUCUUCAUGACUUAAGAUGAGCUGUCAUUGAAAUGUAAUUUGAUGCUAACAUGCUGUUGUGUAUUUCCAGCAAGUUUUAUUCUUGUGCUAAUGUCACUCAACAUCACUUAACCAUCACUGUUGCUGUUGGAUUUAGUGCUCCCUGCGUCUCAUGCAACUUUUACGGUUGAACAUAUUUUUACGUUCAAUGUUUAUUUUUUAAAAUAAUGUAAAAUAGCAGCUGCUUUCAGGUCAACCACGCUUUAAAUUGUGAGAAGUAACAGCAUAACCUGUCACUACAAGCAAUCACAGUUUAAUGGCACUAAAGCACUUUUUAAAAGUAACUAUUUCCCCCUUUUUCCUUUGCUUCUGAAAGCAUAGACUUGUAUGAAGAAUAUAGUUUCACAAGUGCCUACAGCAGGCUCAUCCAACACAAGUGUGGUUCCAGUUAAGUGCAACUGGAUGAUGUUGCAAGGAGCAACAUGUUCCUCCAAUCAAAUGUGGUUUCUGAGACGAAAUAAAACACUCCUCCCCCUCCAAAAAACAUACCCAGGCUAAAAGGCAACCAAUUUCCAGUCUCCAUAUUCAACUGAAUUCCGAAGCCAGCAUGGAGUGUGUCCCACCUGAAGUGAAGUUUGUUCAUCUCAACCCCUUCACUCAGUCCUAGACCCCAGCCCUUUCCUUGGUGAUCAGGAUUUUCUCUCUCUCUCUAGCUUUGCUUCUUAACUAAAAAGGCAAAAAAAAAGGGUUUUAUUAGUAGCUCUGCAUUUGCAACUUUAAUGGUCAUUUCAUUGAUUACUUAUUUGAAAUAGGAAGAUGCCAUUUUGAAAUUUUUUUUCCCCUGCAACUCAUUUCCGUUUAGUGUUGACCUAAAGCUUCUCUUUCUGAAGAGUGGGGGAGAAAUUGAAAUAUGACUCCCCUCCCACAAAAGGGUUACACGAGCAUGGCUCCUAACCUUCAGGUGGCUUUUUCAAAUUUCUUUUGUUAAAUAUCCUGACCUUAAAUAACAGCGGGCUAUUCAACAUUGUGGAAAUAAUGUUGAGCUCCAUCCGUUCCUCUUCAGUUUCCAGGAGCUGUGAAUAUUAGUCGAUAUUCCCCCUCCCCCACCCAUUGUCUCUGGAUGCCAAUGACUGUUUCUUUGACCACUGCCAGUUGAAAACAUUUACUUCCGCACCAAAUGGGAAAAGAAAACUAAUAUCUUGCCAUCUACAUCGCUCAAGUCCACCACACAGCCUUUCAAAAUGAGCAAUCAGGAAAUCUGCUAAAGCACUACAAAUAAGACACGUCUUAAGAAUAAGUUUUUAAUUCAUUUUGUUGAACAGCUGCAAAUCCUUUCUGCUUGUUCCGCCUUGCUCAGAGAAAUAACCAAAUGCAAGCAUGAUUUUGGAGCCAGACUCCGAUGAAUUAUGCUGUGUCCAAAGAAAUAGAAAGAAGAUGGGCAGCACUCUGUCUCAGUGCUGCUGCCUCUCAGCACUAAGGACCUGGGUUCAAUUCCACCCUCUGGCGACUUUGUGUGGAGUUUACACAUUCUCCCAAGUCUGAGUGGGUUUCCUCUGCAUACUCUGGUUUCCUCCCACAGUCCAAAGGUGUGCAGGUUAGGUGGAUUGGUUAUGGUAAAUUGCUCUGUGUCCAUGGCUGUGUAGGCUAUGUGGAUAAGCCAUGGGAAAUGCAGGGUUACAGGGAAUAGGGUGGGAUGCUCUUCAGAGGUUUUGUGUGGACUUGAUGGGCCAAAUUGUCUGCUUCCACACUAGGGAUUCUAAGAUCAAGUGACCUUUUGUUAGGAAACAGGCUACUGAUUUUAUAGGACUAAACAUCACACUCCAAGGAAAAUUCAACUUCUUUUCAUUCUUCCUUUCAUAACUCAGUCAUUGUCUAACUUAAAGUUAAAAAUCACACAACACCAGGUUAUAGUCCAACAGGUUUAAUUGAUGUGUUUACAACCAGCUGAUGAAG